CGGCGGAGGAUCCCCACCCGUGAGCAUGGCGGAGUGCUAGUGCAUUAAUGAAGACCGGAGAGGGCAGACGGAGAUGGAAAACACUAAUAUGCGCCCCGAUCGCUUCAAGUAAUCAGCUUUUAACGGACUGUGUAAUAAUUCACCGAUGCCAGAGGCAGUCCGCUGGGUUUCUCCACGCAGUCUUCGUUUACUUCUAUAGGAUGGUGAGCUGGGCAGAUAAAAAGCACAAGUUAUUGGUGAUUGCGUCUAUCCAGCCGUCCCCCGUUGUGCAUUACAGGCGCGCGCGGGCCGCCGGUGCUCCGUGAUCAUGAGGCGCUGCUGCGGGAAGCGAGGCGUGUGUGUGUCCGCGGACAGACUCGUUUAAACGCCCUAAACAUGAAUGCCAUGGUCAUGUCGAGUGCCGCGUGAGUUUACUCUGAUUCGCUGAGCCGUUCAGACCGGAGAGAUGCGCGAGUAUAAAGUGGUGGUCCUCGGCAGCGGCGGGGUCGGUAAAUCCGCCCUCACCGUGCAGUUCGUCACCGGGACGUUUAUUGAGAAGUACGACCCGACCAUCGAGGACUUCUACCGGAAGGAGAUCGAGGUGGACUCGUCGCCGUCGGUGCUGGAGAUCCUGGACACGGCGGGCACGGAGCAGUUCGCGUCCAUGCGGGACCUGUACAUCAAAAACGGGCAGGGCUUCAUUCUGGUCUACAGUCUGGUGAACCAGCAGAGCUUCCAGGACAUCAAGCCCAUGAGAGACCAGAUCAUCCGAGUCAAGAGGUAUGAGAAGGUCCCUGUGAUCCUGGUGGGGAAUAAGGUGGAUCUGGAGGGCGAGCGGGAGGUGUCUGUGAGGGAGGGACAGGCGCUGGCCGAGGAGUGGGGCUGUCCGUUCAUCGAGACGUCUGCCAAGAGCAAGACAAUGGUGGACGAACUCUUUGCCGAGAUCGUACGGCAGAUGGACUACACGGCACAGCCAGAUAAAGAUGAUCCGUGCUGCUCCUCCUGCAAUAUACAAUAACCCCCCAACACACACACACACGCUCUGCACACUCAGAGAACUCGCAUUACAGUAGCUUUGAUAGACCUUCUAGUGUUCACGGUUUUCCAUCAUGCUGUAUCUGCAGACUGACAGUAAAGGAUUUUUUUGUUUUCUUGUCACUUUAAAUCCUGACUGACUCAACCACAGGAAGAGCACUUGCCUUAGGUUUCACGUUUCCUGUUUGAGCAGGAUCCUGCAGUGGCCAUGAGUUGGACAUUUACGUUCUUGGUCUUAUGGUAUUGAUGACUUUAUCUGAAUUUGUCACCAGGUCAGAGAGCGAGAGAGAGAAAAUAAGAGGGUUCUUAGCCAUAUGCUUGAUAUAGCCAUAUAAUAAUUUUAUGAAGACUUUAUAAAUGUUCAUUUAUUUGGGAAUAAAUCCCUCAAAAUCUUAAUUUUCUCAUCAAUUUCUUUACUGACACAGAAAAGGUGACUGACAGCUUUGUUCCAAAACCUAGUUAACUGCCUAACUAGACAGAAUUAAAGCCCAAACUAAGUUCCUUAUGCAUUCCCAGAAUGCAUUGCGGUGAGCUCUAUGAAAAAUUCAUCCAAGAUGGUGGACGAGAUUCUAAAUAUUCUUGGAUUUCAUUUUACUCAUAUUUUGCUAAAAAUAGUAAAAUCUCUUUUUUUUGUAAUAUGUGAGUGUUGUAUGCAUUCGUAUGCAUUGCACACACAUGUAGCGUAUCAUGCUGUUAGCUUAGCGACAUGCUAAUGUCGAACUCUCCAAAUCCAAGUUGUAUGCAUUUCACAUAAGCAGCAGUGUUUGUGUGACGCACAGUAGGGCUGAACGAUUCAUCAAAAUGAACUCAAAAUCGUGAUAUGGUUUUGUGCAGUUGUCAAAUCACAAAGGCUGCAGUUUAAUUAUAUAAAUAUACAUUGCACAUUUCAGAGUGAAGUUAUGAUGAGUGUUUUUAGUCGCUUAUAAAGCAUUUAUGAACCUGCUCCAGUCAACAAAGGAGAAGCUUUAAAGUCGGCAUUAAAUGGAAGUUGUGACCAUCUUUGUUACUUCUCAAACAAGAAAAAAGUUUGGGUGGGGCUUGAUUAUGUUCUUUGGGAAUUGAUUGGAUUGUUGUCAUUUGCUAAUUGCUGCAGUCGCUUGUGAUUGACAGGUUGCUUUAAAUUAAAUAAAAAAGUAAUCCUGCAGAAAUCAUAAAAUAAACACUGCAGUAUACCAUCAAAAUUAAGAUUUGUCCCUUUUGAUUUAAGGGGCUCUCUGCAGUUUUCCACCAAAGUAAAAGUUUGAUGGGUUAAUGUUUGAUAAUGGUUUAUUAUUUUAAUAUUUUAUUUUACAGUAAACCAUAUGGAUAUGGAAGCCCAUU